AUGAGAAUUUGAAAAAAAUGGUUUCAAAUUAUAGUCAUGAUUAUUAUAUUGAACUAAAAUCAUUUCCAAAAUUUGAAUUAAAAUUUGAGAAGGACAUUAAUGGAGAGAAGGCAAUUGGAGAUUUUGAAGAGCUUCAAAGAAAUUGUAAUUUACUAGUUGAAUACAAAAAUGAAUUUGAUGACGAAAUAGAUAUUGUUUUGGAUAACUUUUUUAAUGGAAGUGAUGAAAAAGCAAAAGACGCCGAAAAUAA